AUGCCAAAGCAAAGGUCUUCCUUGGCAAAAUAUGUCCAAUCCAUCAGGGAGUCUCCGCGGGAGAUCUUCAACUGGCGGCUCUUCUUGACUGCAUUUGCAUUUGCUCUCGGAGGUUGUGCAAAAGGCUGGGAUGAAGGGUCAGCUGCUGCCAUUACGCAACUUCCGUCUUUCCAAAACAAGUAUGAACUUGACCAGGAUUCGAUAUCAAAUAUCGUUUCCCUUGUCAACCUAGGUGCCGGAGUAGGGGCAUUGCUAUCAUUCUUGAUCAAUGACGGAGUUGGCCGAAUAAUGUCGCUUCGCAUAUACCAAAUUAUCUAUAUCAUCGGUUCGCUCAUAUCUUGCUUCUCGUCAGGCAAUGCUGGGGCCCUGUACACGGGUCGGAUUGUUUCCGGCCUGGGUAUUGGCGCUUUGUCAGUCGUUUGUCCAAUGGCAAUCUCGGAGAUUGCGCCCAAAUCCGUUCGGGGCCUAAUGGCUUUGUGGUUUAAUAUAUGCAUGCUCGCUGGCCAAUCACUUGGUGUUUUCAUUGUUUACGGCUGCUCUAUCCAUGUUACACGCAGCAAAGAUUUACAGUAUCAAACUCCUUGGUUUUCGCAGACUUUCGCACCGGUCAUUAGCAUUGCGCUCUCAUUCAUCGCCGUGGAGUCUCCUAGGUGGCUGCUACUUGAUCAUAAACAAGAUCAAUCCCAUACUGCGUUGCUCCGGCUUCGUGGAUUACCGGCCGAUUCGGGUUAUGUGGCCAACGAGUUCCAAACAAUGGUCUCCAGUAUGGAAGAUCGAGAGGCUGGUUUUGGGAACAACAGCAAGAUCAGUAUCAUCAAAGAAACCUUCUUGGUACGAUCAAAUCUGCGACGGGUCCAACUUACCAUCUUUGUCUACAUCUUGGCCCAAAUGUCCGGUGCUAACGCCAUCACCAACUAUCUGCCGACGAUAUUUGGUCUGAUCGGAAUCACAAGUUCGGAUGUCAAGGUUUACUCAACUGGCCUCUACACUGUUGCAAAGUUGAUUUGUUGCUUAGCCGCAUCGCUCUUUUUCAUCGACAUCGCUGGGCGUCGGAAGUCGCUCAUGAUAGGUAUCUCGGUGCAGAUCAUUUGCCACUCAUAUUUGGCUGGUUAUCUGAAAUUAUACCAAAGACAGCACGAUAGCACGAGCAAGGGAUCAACCGAUGCUGCGCUGGCUUUCCUUUACAUUCACGCAUUUGGAUGGGCUGUAGGUCUUUACAGCUUGCCUUAUCUUUUUGGCGCAGAGCUCUGGCCUAAUAAGAUUCGCUCUUUCGGCGGGGCAUUAUCACAAUGUUUCCAUUGGUUAUUCUACUUCGCUAUAACCAAAGCAACGCCCUCAUUACUUACUAGUAUUCAUCAAUGGGGCGCUUUUGUUCUAUUCGUUGGGUUCUGCGUGGUCGCAUUGCUCUACACGUAUUUCAUCAUUCCUGAAACGGCUGGAAUGAGCCUUGAGGAGAUAAACAGAAUCUUUGAGCGCCCCUUAUGUCCUCUGGCCAAGCCAUUGGACCCUUUAGAUCAAUCCGAUCAAGAUCCGUGA